AUGGGAGACAUUACAAGUCUUACAGCUGAUGAUAUAGGAGACAUUACAAGUCUUACAGCUGGUGACAUGGGAGACAUUACAAGUCUUACAGCUGGUGACAUGGGAGACAUUACAAGUCUUACAGCUGGUGACAUGAGAGACAUUACAAGUCUUACAGCUGAUGACAUAGGAGACAUUACAAGUCUGACAGCUGGUGAUAUGGGAGACAUUACAAGUCUUACAGCUGGUGACAUGGGAGACAUUACAAGUCUUACAGCUGGUGAUAUGGGAGACAUUACAAGUCUUACAGCUGGUGAUAUGGGAGACAUUACACGUCUUACAGCUGGUGAUAUGGGAGACAUUACAAGUCUUACAGCUGGUGAUAUGGGAGACAUUACAAGUCUUACAGCUGGUGAUAUGGGAGACAUUACACGUCUUACAGCUGGUGAUAUGGGAGACAUUACAAGUCUUACAGCUGGUGACAUGGGAGACAUUACAAGUUUUACAGCUGGUGAUAUGGCAGACAUUACAAGUCUUACAGCUGGUGACAUGGGAGACAUUACAAGUCUUACAACUAGACAGUCAGGCGACGUCUUGUGUAAUCUUACAGGAGAUUACCAAGGGGUUUGUGCAGUCUAUUUUUAA